AUAGACUAUAGUGUUCUUAAUAAUAAUUAAUAAUUAUUUAUUUUUUCUAGUUAACACUUUAUAGUUAUUUUAUUGUUGUACAUCUAUUCAAUUCUAUAAUUGUAUUGAUCAAAAAAAUGUAGAAUUAUAGCUAUAAAUUGUAUUUCAACGCUAUGUCAUUAGUUAUUACUUAUUGCAAUUUAAACUAAUUUAGUCUAUUUUCUAGUUAUUUAUAUGAUUUAAUAUCACUAAAUUGAAAUCUGUUGAAUCAGUUAUAUGAACGUUAAGACAUUUAAUUGUAUGCUUAUAAAUAUGAACUAAACACUAAUGCAAUAUGGAUAGAAAAAAAUUAAUUGCUCUACAGCCAUAUGAAUUGCACAAGGAAUUAUUGGACAAAUAUCUGGAGUACUGUAAAUCCAUUGAUUUAAAAAAACGUGAAAAACGCGAUAUUGAUGUUAUACAGGAGAACCACAAGUUUGUAUGGGAUGAAGAUGACGAAGUUUUUACUUGGGAACAGAAAUUGGCUAGGAAGUAUUAUGAUAAGUUAUUCAAAGAAUACUGCAUUUGUGACUUGAGCUUAUAUAAAAAAUCCCAGGUAGCUAUGCGUUGGCAAACUGAAGGUGAAUUAGUUAGUGGUAAAGGUCAGUUCAUUUGUGGCAAUAAAAUUUGUGAUGAAACAACACACCUACGGACAUGGGAGGUAAAUUUUAGUUACAUGGAACACUACCAAAAGAAAAACACUCUAGUUAAACUCAGGUUAUGUAUGGAUUGCUCCAAUAAAUUAAAUUAUAAACACAAAAAGAAAGAAAUCAAGCGCCAAGCUUCCAAACCUAAAAAAGACAAAUCAAGACAUUCCAACAAAGAACGAGAAAAAUCUGAUAAUCAGCCAACUACUAGUGUUCAGAGUGAGGCACCAGUAACUUCUAAACUAGCAAUUGAAGAUAAUGUUUGGAGUGAGCAACUGCAAAUAGAAGAUGAAAAACCAAGAGAAGAUGACUUUGAAGAUUAUUUAGAACAGUUGCUAUUUUAAAUAAAUUAUUAUUUAUUAUUUUA